CAGUACACGGACCGCAGACCGACGUGUACAAUACAACUUUUUGUCAGUUUGUUAUUGCUUGUUAUCCUUACUAGCUAGCUAAUUUCCAGAGGUUGGCGGUAGGUGAAAACUUGCUAACGCGUCAGUAAUUUGUGUAGGCAGUAGUCCAUUUUUAGGAAUUGUAAAGGCCAAAUAAAACUUUUAAUCCCAAACUGUUUAUUAUUUAACUAAGCCAGCUAUCUUGCUUAUGGAAAUGUAACGUUUAAUGUUGCUUAGAAUUGCUUGGCACCCUUACACUUCGAUUUAAAAGGCUAGCUAUCUUAUCUAGCUAUCGUAAAUAUUGCUUGUUGUGGAUUUGAGUGAUGCAUUUAUUUGGUCGAAGUAUCUUAAUUUAGUCAAGGGCGAGUUGGCUAGCUAACCUAGCUAGGUAGAGAGCUAUUUUCAUUCGUGAGGAAGCAAACUGCAAUACCGUUUUAGUGCGUUUUCAGUAUACCCUUAAAACCAGAUGCUGGCCAAAUAGAUCCUAAAAUGCCAUGGCCAACACACCUUUAAGCCUGCUAACGGAGUUACUGGAUUAAACUAUUGAUCGGUACAUAUGGACAUAUUGCGGGAAUUGGUCACAGUGUCAGCAAACGUCUUUCAGUUUCUCUCAGCUGGGCACGCUGCUUUUCACCUCUUCAAGGAUCACAGAGCUCCGUCAGUGGGUUUCUUUCUCAUUGCUUGCUCUUCUGCAGUAGCACUCCUACCGGUCCCCAGCACAGCACAGAGAGAUCUAGAAUGGGUGGGUGAGGUCUUGGGCCCCGUCCUGUGCGCCUUCAACUUCUUGUGGCUCAGCGAAGAUUGCUCCACCGCCCACAUACUCCUGAUUGGCUCCACGCUCCUCCCGAUGCUUGCCGAUUGGCUAUCAGCAGAUGGGCUGGUGAUCAUGUGCCGCUGCGUGGCGCUGUCAGCCCUCUCCUGUUCGCUGACAGUGUGCCUGUUUGUAGGUAACACGGCCGGAGUGGUGGGGAGUGUGGCACUCAGCCUACCCACUCUGCUGGCCCCCAGGGAGAGAGGAGGCACAGUGGGCUCUCUGAUUUCUCCAAAGGCUACAGGGGGGCUGCUGGACUGGAUUCCGAAGGCCGCCGUGGCUGUCGGGUGUUGGAUGAUGCGGAGGGCUUUCGAUAAACUCCUCCAGGACCUGAAAGUGCGGAGCUGCAAGUCUCACGAGGGCAGUCAACCGCUCCUGUAGCCUCGGUGCCUCAGCAGCGCCAUUAAUUAAAGUCCGAUCUGGCCAAGGCCUCAGCGCCGUUAAUCGCUUCAUUCACAUCUAACGGAAGCUACACGGGCAGUUACACAGGUUUGUGUCAUCAGUGGCUUGCUGGAGUCUCGCUAUGAAUUCUGCAUCUACAGCAGUUAGCUAUCAUGACCUUCCACUAUUCUCUUUUCCAGAAUUCAAUUAAAUGUAUUAAUUCAGCUGUGACAUAUUUAGGUUUAGACAGACUACAUUUUCUUCUGUGCAAGAGUUAUUGGCGAGAGACUAAAAGGAAUAUCAGAAUGAGGGUCUGGAUUAUGUCAUCACAGGAAGCAUGACAUCAGCUGUGUCUGGUCAUAAGUCACUGCACAUUAUUGUGCCAGAACACUCCCCUAAUGGGAUCAAAGAUCUUGUAGUGUGGCUAAUCCAGAGCACUGAGACCUUUUGCACUCCUUUCAAAGCCUUUCCUCUAACACCAGCUUCCUCCGUCCUGCUGAGAGCAGAGCGGCUACUGGCUGACCCUCUGCAGAGCCGUGUAGCACUGCAUGCUUGCCCUGCACUGAGCAUGCUCACUGCAGCUGCUGUGGGAGCAAGAGAGAGAGAGAGAGAGAGAGAGAGAGAG